AUGUCAUGCCGGAUCAUAUCCAUGUCUGACGCUCAAAGCACGCCAUCCGCACCAAGUCUCUUGUUCUGCACGACGGCUGCCGUCUGUACUCAUCACGUCGUCAGAGGGGGUGGCGAAGCCUCCAACGACGCCGCUGUCUUCCUGUGUCUCGCCAUGGGCAGCAACGAGCCCGACGGCGAAGGGUGGCUCAAUGGUCACCAGCCCGACUGUGAAGAGCCCGACAUGGUACGGCCAAGCAGCCUCUUGCGGCGUCUUCAUUCUAGAUCCAACGUCUUCCAGACCCAUCUAUGGCCUGACGAACGGCUCCGUCGAUUAGAUCUAGGAGCGACAAGCCUGACUUACAUGACAGACAAACGGCUGUCUCUUUUCACCACCACACAAAGACUGCUAUCGACCUGUCAGGCCUGCAACACCAACUACUACCUUUGUUUCCGAUCGGGCGAGGCUUUCGGUCCACGCAGAGGUCAACACGUCGACCCACAAUACUCUUCCAGCUCACCAAGCCUACUUUUCAGACGCCACAAAGUCUCACCAGGACAUGGUGAUACGGUGCCAUGGUACGUCAGCGUUGGAGUAACGAUUCCCUCAAACUCGAAGCCUCUGCAGAUGUCUCCGCGCGCAGCACCGAGCUCCGUGUACUCAAGACCUUGGACGAGCUCCGUCAAGCCAAACGCUGAUGGCCGCACAUAUCACGUCUACAUCCAGUAUACCGAUACCACUGUUUUACAUGGUGAACAAGAUCUUCUGUGUACAUCGACGUGCUCUGAUGAGAGCUUGCUCGGCCGAGGCGACCGGUCCAGACAACCGCUCAUUCCACAUGCCGACUGA